CCAAUUUAUAUACCUCAGUUCGAUACCGAAAUCGAAAAAGUCUUAUGCUCACAGAAACUCCAAGAAACUCAGAGAAACAGAGUUUAUCUUGUUCUGUUCUGCAAGCCUAAUUCUCUGCUACUUGGAUUUGGAACCCAAAUCUUCUUUGACUUGUUUGUCCAUUUCCUUUUUGAUUAUUCAUCGAAAUCCCAAAAAUCCCAUCAAAAACUUUUUUUUGUUUUUUUUUUUCUCGUUCAAACGUCUCAAAACUCUCAAAAGAAUCAAACAUAUCUCGAAGAAAUGCUAGAAUUCAAGACCAUCAAGAUGAAAAUGUGGAUGUUUUAUUAUUAAUCUUCAUCUGCUUAAAACUAUUCCCCUAGUGUUGUCCUCUUUCGUAAUGGAAGCUAUCAUCAUAUUAGUCAUAGCACUGAUCAACAACGUUAAGCAACAAAACUUCCCUCUCGAAAAGAUUUCCUUUUGGUUUGCUCCCACCACACGUCCACCCGGUGUACUCUCUUUCAUUUCUGGUUCGUAAAACCAACAAAAAGAAACUCGCAAGGAACUUUUUUUUUUUUUGUUCUUGUAUGGCAGCUUUCUCUUUCAACAAUAACUUUUCAUCUGGAAAUUGUUAUUCUGGUUUCCUUGAUCCGUUUUCACGUGAUUCGGGUCCAUGCAAUGAAGGGUCUUCGUCGGUGUCGGUGUCACAGUCCUUGGUUUUGGAUAGUGAGAAAGGGGAGCUGGUGAAGACGCCGUUGAAAGUAGGGGAAAAAAACGUGUCGGAAGAGAAAGUUAUAGCGGCGUUGAAGAGUCAUAGCGAAGCAGAGAGGAGAAGGAGAGAAAGGAUCAAUGCUCAUCUUGAAACCCUCCGCACCCUCUUGCCCUGCAGAGAAAAGAUGGAUAAAGCCACAUUACUUGGUGAAGUAAUUAGACAAGUGAAAGAACUGAAGAAGAAUGCAACUGAAGUCAGCAAAGCUUUUCUUGUUCCAAUGGACGAUGAUGAGGUGAGAGUUGAACCAUGUGUUGAUGAAGCCAAUGGGACAUCUUCUUUUAAAGCAUCAAUCUGUUGUGAUUAUAGACCUGAACUUCUGACUGACCUACGAAAAGCUCUCCAUGCCCUUCCAAUUAAGAUGGUAAAAGCAGAAAUAUCGACAUUGGGAAGUCGCUUGAGGAAUGAUUUCUUUUUCACCGGCAGCAGAAUUGCUGCACAUGCCGAUGAUGCGGAGGCACGGCAAUUUCUUGCAUGUUCCAUUCACCAGGCCCUGAAUUCAGUCCUGGAGAAGGCUUCUACGUCACCAGAAUACUCACCAUGUUCAAGAUUCUCAAACAAGAGACGAAGGAUCCCUUACUUGGAUUCGUCAAGCUCAUCUUCGUAAAAUAUUAGCCCUCGUCCUGUUUGUGUCGAUCGACACUGCGAUAUCUCUUCUAUAUGGGUGUUCUUAUGUGCAAAUAUUGGUUUGGAAUACUAAAACCUUCUGUUUUUUUUAAAUGCCAUAUCUAUAUUUCCGAUAUAAACAUUGUAUCCAAAAGUCUAGAACACUUUCAAACGGCUUGUAAUGAAACUGUACUCUGAUAUACACUUUUAUCAUAAUAAUAAAUGAUAUGCUCGUUUUCGUGUUAUAAAGGAAAAAAAA